AUGGACGUCGCUGUGCCGCCUCCUGUGCCAGAUUGUGCCAGCUGCCUAGCCUGCCAUCUUUACGGUGGGUCCAAAGUGUGCAUUGUGUUUCAAUUCUGCAAGGUCAACGGAUUCACCGAUUGGAGAACUCUCUGGGAUGAGGACAAGAAGAGAUACUGCUGUUUGCAUGCCGGAAAGGGCUGCCCAGAACCUCACGUGAAGUACGUGCCCAAAGUGGUGUAUCACGACAAGUCCAUUCCUUUUCCUGUGAAAGUUCGUGUCCGGGUGCCGGUGCCCAGGGUGGUAACCAAGCAGGUUGUUGUGCAAGAGCCGCUGCCCUACACCUGCGACGAAGAUUCACCAAUGGAUGCGUGGUCCUCACGACAUCUUCGUUACUGUUGCUACUUGAAGCAGCUAGGAUGCCGUCCGCAGAUUAUCAACCACAACGUGUACCACAAGGUUGUCAAGAUCAAGAAAGUCAAGGUGCCACACUACUUGCCGCCCAAAAGAACGCCUGAAGCGCACAUCAAGUACAAGACAGUCCCGUAUCCUGUGCCUGAUGUUCCAAAGGUUCAGACGGUAGCAGUGCCAGGGAAGGUCAUUAUCAAAACCCGGUAUGUGGAGGUUCCAAAGAUGGUGCACGUGCCGGCACCUGGUGAUGUCGAGGUGGUGCGCAAGCCUGUUGCUGUACAGGUGGCUUCCAAACCUAUCUAUGUGAAGAUGCCUCCAACUUAUCAUCACCAUGGCCACUACGAUUGCAAUGCUGGGUACUCGAAUUGGUACUUCGGCUGGUCGGAAGUGAAGAAGACGUGGUGUUGCGACCACGAGGACAAAGGAUGUCCUGGAACAUGGCACGGAAGCCUUCACCUACAUCAUGUUCAUAUCUCGCACGAUGUUGGCGUGGCAACGGGAAAGAUCUAUGACUGUGAUGCUGGCUUUUCCAACUGGCUUCAGGGCUGGUCAGACUCAAAGAAGAAGUGGUGUUGCAGUCACAAAGACAAAGGUGCUGCACAAACUUCCAGAAAGGAUGUGCUAGAACGUGAGCCGAAUGCUUGCUCCCUGGCAUACAGCAAAGUGCAAGUGGAGUGUGAUGUAUGCCGAGCUUGUUCCAUUGAAGAAGCCGGUUGUGACAUUCAUGUCGCCACUUCUGCCGCCUUUGAUUGCGAUGCUGCCUUCAACAACUUCUUCAGAGCCUGGUCGCCCGCGAAGAAGCAGUGGUGCUGCACCGUGAAGCACAAGGGCUGUGAAGGGGACUCGCCCCCAAAUGUAGAUGCAGGAUUUGGCAUGGUUUGGAAGAGGGUUCAGGUGAACGGGUAUUGGGUUUGGGUCGCAGUGCACGCUGGUGGCAUGAGCCUGCCAUACGAUUGUCAUGCUGGCCUUGUGCACCACCUUACAGGCUGGUCACAGGGCAAGAAGGCAUGGUGUUGCCAGCACCAGCAUUUGGGAUGUGCGGCCGCUACAGUCACACACGUAACGCAUGAGACGCACAUGAUCCACAGCGGGCAAGGGCAAGGGCACGCAGGAAUGUCACAUAGCCAUGGCAAUCCACCGGGCGUUGCAGCGCACGGGAUGAUCUGGCAGUGGAAUCACCACUGGAUCCAGGUCCACGCCGGAGGCAGCUUACCUUUCAACUGCUCCGCUGGCCUGUCAAAAUGGCAAAGUGGUUGGUCAGUGAAGCACGGCAAAGGCUCGCCGGCCAAGCUUUAUCCCAAGACUUUGACAGAACUGUCCUUGCCAGCUGCAUUGUCUGCUGCAGAGAGUCGAGGAGCUAGCCCAUUCGGUGCAGGAUGGGAUCCAGAGGUGUUGGAAGCCGCUUUCGGCCAAUCUAUGGUGAGGUCGCAGCAAGUCGUCGUCUACCGAUACGAGGGGAAUGCUUCCAGGCCUGCUCAGACCGGGUUGGGGCAGCCUACCCCUCUGAGCUCAGUUAUGUCACUUAGAGACUCCACCCUCUUCCUGCUGAAGCCGCUGCAUCCGGCCUCAGAAGCCCUGGGAGAUGUCUUGGAGUUGCCCGACUUCUUGGUGCCCAUCCAGCUCACUGGGCUCACCUUGAGCAUGGGAAGUCACAAUGCUUCAUCACCACCCCACCAGCAUCAGGAAAACUGGUUCGCGCAACUCACAGGCAAAAAGGCUUGGGUUGUGGCACCACCAGAGGACAAGGCACUGUAA